GAAGAGCUUUCUGCUGGUUCACAUGUCAGCAUCUGGGCUCUCCGUGAUCCUGAGAGACUUUGUUAUGAGCCUUACCAGAGUUAGACUUUAACACGUAGUAACUCCGACUGUGGGAUAUUUAGGUCAGUUUGUCUUAACAGCAGCUGAUAUAUACGAAGUCAGGAGUCAUGCAGGCCUUUUUGAAAGGAGCAACUGUUCAGACUACCAGACCUCAGAAAGACAAGGCAGCAGCAGGACCCAGUUCAGAGAAGAAAGCCAAGGCUGUUCCAUGGGUAGAAAAAUACAGGCCAAAGUCUGUUGAUGAGGUGGCCUUUCAGGAGGAGGUGGUAGCAGUGCUGAAGAAGUCUCUAGAAGGAGCAGAUCUUCCCAACUUGCUUUUCUACGGACCUCCUGGAACAGGAAAGACCUCCACCAUCUUAGCUGCUGCCAGAGAACUUUAUGGUCCAGAGCUGUACAGACAGAGGGUGCUGGAGCUCAACGCCUCCGAUGAACGAGGCAUCCAGGUCAUCAGAGAGAAGGUCAAGACCUUUGCCCAGCUCACCGUGGCUGGGACCCGCCCAGAUGGGAAGUCAUGUCCUCCUUUUAAGAUCAUCAUCCUGGAUGAGGCAGACUCCAUGACAGCACCGGCUCAGGCCGCUCUCCGACGGACCAUGGAGAAGGAAUCGCGCACCACCCGCUUCUGUCUCAUCUGUAACUACAUCAGCAGGAUUAUUGAACCUCUGACCUCCAGAUGUUCCAAGUUUCGCUUCAAACCUCUAGCCAAUCAGAUCCAAGAAGAGCGCCUGCUGCUGAUCUGUGAAAAGGAGAACCUCAAGUACACCAAAGAGAGUAUCGCAGCACUGGUGAGAGUGUCUGAGGGAGACCUGCGGAAAGCCAUCACCUUCCUCCAGAGCGCCGCACGUCUCAGCGUCGACAAAGAGGUCACAGAGCGAGCUGUCAUUGAAAUAGCCGGGGUCGUCCCUCCCAAGAUGAUCGACGGCUUGCUCCAGAUCUGCUUCAGAGGAACAUUUGAGAAAUUAGAGGUUGCAGUCAAGAACAUGGUGGAUGAAGGCUACGCAGCCACUCAGAUCCUGAGUCAGCUCCAUGACUCUGUCAUAGAGCAGGACCUGAGCGACAAGGACAAGUCCAUUAUCACAGAGAAGAUGGCGGUUGUGAGUAAGUGCCUGGCAGAUGGAGCAGAUGAAUACCUGCAGAUGUUGAGUCUCUGUUCAGCCAUCAUGCAGCAGGCCUCUGCUCAGAACCACUGAAUCUCCACAAAGCAGCGUCUCCUCCCCGGGGACAGUGCUUUCAUCUGCUGCCAGCAGGACCAGUGGCCACACUGAGACGUGAGCACUUCACUCAGAUUGAACGGACUUUGUUCAGAGCUGCAGUUUGGGACUGCAGUUCCACCAGUGGACACCGGAUGAUAGAGGCAUUGUUUAAUGUCAGAAGCUCCACUCAGCGUACUGUCUCCCUCCACUCUACAGAGAUCACUUCAACAAAUUAUUCACAACCAUGGGGACAUGCUUUCCAAAUCUCUGUUCCUGUUAAACCACCAUUCAGAUCUCUCUCUUUAUUCCAUUUCUGUCUUGUAAAGUACACUUUUUGUAUUUCGGAGAGUAAUAAAUAGUUUUUCUUUA